GUCGAUAACAACUCGUCUAGGGUUUUGGUUUCUUCUUAUAAGUCAGCAAUCAGCGCAGCGCCAGCCCUUGAAGCGAAAAUGGUGAAGGGACGCCAAGGAGAACGCGUUAGACUCUACGUUAGAGGAACUGUUCUUGGAUACAAAAGGUCGAAAUCCAAUCAAUAUCCCAACACUUCGUUGAUUCAGAUCGAGGGAGUGAACACUAAGGAAGAAGUGGACUGGUACCUUGGGAAGAGGCUAGGAUACAUCUACAAGGCAAAGACAAAGAAGAAUAACUCACACUAUCGUUGCAUUUGGGGUAAAGUUUGUAGGCCACAUGGAAACAGUGGCGUUGUGAGAGCUAAGUUCAAGUCCAAUUUGCCUCCUAAGUCCAUGGGAGCUAAGGUUAGGGUUUUCAUGUACCCAAGCAACAUUUAAGUGGGGCAUUUAGAGGUUAUGGAUCUGGAUUGAAGUCGUUGGUUGCUUUGGGUGGCUUUAGUGUGCCACAUCAAUGUUUUCAAUGAUGAGGAAUCUUCAUCCUUAAAAGUAGUUGAGAGUCAAAUUUUGUAAUUUGCUUUGUGGAGUUUAUCAUAUUAUGUUUUUGUUUUAUCAUUUCUGGUCAAUACCAAGACUAAAACAUCGGAUUAGAUGUGGCUAAUUUUGCUCAUGGAGCAAUGAAACUUUUUUGUGACUA